UAAUAUUCCACUACUUCCGUUCGGUCUUUCGGAAAUAUUUAAUGAGACUAUUCCAGCGAGGAACAAAUGCUCACAGACGGUACCGUGUUAUAGACAGUUACCUUGUUAUCAUAAAGAAACGAGGCGCCGGCCCGUCGGGAAGCAAGUCAAGUUUAGUAGUACUGCAUGCGCCAAAUAUUCUGCCGCCCCAACACCCGUGACUCGUGCGUAUAUUUAAAUUAUCUGACCAAUUCACCAAUAGCAUACCUUUGUAUUAGGUAUAUAUAAUGCGGGAAAAAGUGUGAGGUCGAUGCUCGACGACAUCGUCGAGGAAGAGGACAAGGUUGAGUCCUCGCUAAGAAAACUCAAUGAGAAGAAAAGAGAUAGGGUGGAAAAUAGUUGAAAGUUGAUGCUAGCAGUCCAAGCAGAAGUAAAUCUGAGACACCCUUAGACUUCGCUUUCACAAGAAUAUUCCUCCUCGUUGAGCUCCUCCAGCAGAGUAAUCAGUCUCCAUCUCGAUAUAGCGACUACGACGACGACGCUCUAAGUGAAUCUAAAGGCUUAGGGCAUUGCUCCUCUUCUCUACCUUCUCCUGCUCGUUCACUUUUCGUACUGUCUCUGUCCCACCUUCUAGUUUGUCAUGAUCCGCCUCGUCUCAGGGCUGAGUUACCGCAUGCUGGUACAGCCACUUUUCUUUGCGUUCCAUAUUUACCGCCGGCCCUGGAGCUGAGGUUGCUUUCAGAUGACUAUUACGUAGCGUGAAACCAAAGAUCACAUGUACCAAUGAAGUAGCAGCGUGCGCGACUUCGCCAAGCAAACAGUCAAACAGUCAAGUUGUCGGUGCUGUUGGCUUCGAGUGGAACACUUACAUUACGUUGAAUUAGAGUCGGCACUCCAGUAGACAUCGCCAGUCUUACUUGGGUGACAUAAGACGUCGUGUAACAAGGCCACGGUCGUAAUCUAUAUAGUCUACAAUUCCUCUUAUCUUCGUAGCAAGAGAAGCGCUGCUUUCCUACGCAAGUUCUACAUUUUUCGUAAUACGGGCUACCCCCGCCAACCGACCUUUCACGGAAAGACGAAUGUGUCGAGGAUGUUGCUGUUUUCUUCGUGACUGCUGUGCUUUCGGGAGUGUUCCGUCGAUAAGAAGCUUAUCUCAGUGGCAAAGGCUAGGGAGAAAAAAAUGCUCUCAGCCAAUUACAGAAUCAAAUCUUCUUCUACGUGUAAUCGGUGAUCAUCGUCAUGUGUAAAAAAGUUAAAGUGAGAAAAGUAACGACAGUGAUAGUGGCGAGUGGCUCAUGUGCGUCGAACUACCUUACAUAGAAAGGAACCUUUUUUCGCCUCCUAGUGAACGGAGUUUGAUAAAACAGUGUUCGGAUUGCCGCACGUCGUCGUUUCCCGACGAAGCUUCACCGGCAUGUUGUCGGCGAGUGUCACGCGGUAAGGUAAUUUUUACUUUUCACCACGUGUGCGUCUGUCACAAGUGCAGACUCUACACCUGCGAUUGGUCGAUCGUGGAGGCUCGUCAGUGUGUUUAAAAAUAAAUUAGUGCUCCUUUACCUUCUCCUUUGCGGUUAAAUCGAACCGGGCAGUGCACUCGGUGUUCGUAACACGCAAUUCGCGCUGAGUUUCUGUGACGUGAUUUGCGACCAACCUGUGGGCAGUUUUUAACAAUCUUUUAUGUAGUUUGUCGUGACAUUUGAUACACGUGUGAAAUCGUCGCAGUUUACGGUAAAGACGUUUCAAGUCUCUUAAUUCUAUACGUGCCAUUCGUGAAUGCCAACAUAACCUCAAAUUCGCGCGUAGGCUAGUGCUCGUUUUUGCGUGUCGUGAGUUAUUUUUGUAACUGCUCCCAUCUCUAAUCUUAGGUGGAAUUUUGCAAAAUAUAUUGCGACAUCGAAAAUUUUUGAUCGACAUCCUUAAUUUGACUUCACGAUCCUCACGGAGGGUUGGAAAACAUUUACUACUGCAAGAAAUGUUACCAAGAGGAUCAUAGAGUGCGAUGUCUCGCAGCCUGCCAGAUAGGGUGGCAGGGCUCUACUAUGCCCAUGGCCUAUUUUGUUCCUCUCACCCUGUUGCCGUUAUAUCAUUGGCGAUCUCCGUAGUUCUACUAUGUUGCUAUCCAUUGGUAAAUCUUCCCAUGCCGGGAAACGUACCUCGGACCGUGAUCAAUCAUACCAUAGUCCCAGUGAAUGCCUCAGAGAGUUCUGCACUUUACGUUCAACAAGUAGUCCUGCGAGUUGGGGUCGUACCCUGGUCAGAGGAUCUUGCACUGUCCGACGCCUUUAGAGGACCACUUUUUGAAAUUUUCAAUCUCCUUGAAAUAAUACGGAACUAUCAGGAUCCUGAGACGCUAAAAACUCUUGGACAAGUUUGCCUGCAUAUAGAGGCUGUCAAGAGAAGAAAUGCAAAAAAGUCAGAUGUCUUACCAGAAUAUAAUUGUUUGGUAUUGUCACCGGCUAAUCUCUGGCAGCAAAGUAUUGAGAUGUUUAAUCAGGAUACCAAUCUUAUUGGCACUGUCUUCUCUUAUCAGAAUCUUCAACGAGGCAAGAUAAGUUUGGCAGAAAUGAUGUUCGGCAUGAAUCUGAAAGAAACGGGGGUGAAGAGAUAUCCAGUCCGCGUGAGGCAACGAAUUUUGCAAUACGCCGUGACAAUUUUUUUAAAAGAGUACGACCCUCGAUUUGUCAAAGGACUAAGAAAUCGACUGACGACGUAUUAUCCGCUCCAUCAAUUGGAAGAAAAAAAUUCUUCCUACGUGAUACCCACCGACGAAACUCUGCAUGUCUUUUAUCCUGGGGAAUUUAAUUAUAGCGACUUGUUUCCUUUGACCAUGACGUUCUUCGCUCUCUUUUUUUAUGUAUACUUUUCGGUUCGCAAAAUAGAGCUUGUGAAAUCAAAAAUUGGAAUGGCAUUCAGUGCAAGCGUUACAGUAGUUGCGUCACUUUCCAUGAGCGUAGGUCUCUGCUUUUUUUUCGGACUGACGCUCAGUCUGAGCGGAAAGGACGUUUUUCCGUACCUGGUGGUCAUCGUCGGGCUUGAGAAUGUCUUAGUGCUCACCAAGAGCGUCGUGAGCACUCCAGCCCACUUGGAUGUUAAAAUUCGCGUAGCGCAAGGAUUAUCCAAAGAAGGAUGGUCGAUCACAAAGAAUUUAUUAACCGAAGUCACGAUAUUGACGAUUGGCCUUUUUACCUUUGUACCUGCAAUCCAGGAGUUUUGCAUCUUUGCUAUCGUUGGACUCCUGAAUGACUUUUUUCUUCAAAUGGUCUUCUUUUCGACCAUCCUAGCGAUUGACAUCAGAAGGAUGGAAUUGUCAAGUGAAAACUCCAAACUUCACGCGUCGAAUAUUCCCGGAUCACGCAAGCAACAAUUCACCACGACGAUUUCAAAUAAAAAGCCUAAUAUUUUUCGAUCCAAGUCCCAUCCAAGAUUAAACGGAAUAUCGACUGGUCCUACCAACGUAAUUGCUCCUAACACGCAAAAUACUCCCACCUUGACGAAGAUUCCAAAACGAUUGAGGCUUGUGCACUUUUGGGCGAGAACGAGAAUCUUCCAAAGAGCCUUCAUGGUCUGGAUGGUCGUCUGGAUCAGCGUGAUCAUUUAUAAUUCCGGAAUUAUCGAACACGUCAUUCACCUUAGUGAUACGCUCAAAACAGAUUCAGACAUCGAUGGAUACACCAUAGACAGGCCGCAGACAGUAAACAAUUAUAUUGAGUUAAAUACAUUGAAGCCUGUCCUUACGUCGACCUCAACUGUUUUACCAAAUCAUUUGAAAGAGCAGGAUCCAUUCUCGAAUAAUAUUACAGAGGAAUUAAAUAAAUUGAGACCCGUUGACUUCCCGCCAUGGAACCGCUUAUCCCUGUAUCAUUGGUCAUCCAUAUUGUCAAUGUACAAUAUUUCAUUGGCCGAUGAACAAAUAACGAUACUUCCAACGAUAAAAUUAUCGCACGCAGUCAGUCCUCAGCUGGUCAGGCAAAUCAGCAAUCCAAAUGACGUGCAGGAAUUUCAAUGGCAGAGUUUUGCGACUGCCGCCCUUGACCCAUUGGAUUUUUCAGACAUGGAGAUGCCAACAAGAUCUGAAGGUCGAGGUUUCAACACGGAUGCGCCUUUUGUACCAUCCAGUCCCAUGGAGAUAUUCUUUGCUGCUUUACUGUGUCUAGUCAGCGUGAUAGUAGUCGCGUACACUAUGGUCGUCCUGUACCGUUGCAUUUGUUCAAGAAAUUACGCGGAAUGGCGUGCCAGUUGGUAUCAGCAGGAGAAGUCUCAGGAUUCGGUGACGCAGUUAGUGAUGGAGGCGGUGCCAUUGGUUUUGGAGGGUCAUACUCAAGAGGUCGAGUGCAUCGCUACUGAUGGGAAUACAAUAGCUAGUACCUGCCUGGCUGGUCACAUCCGAGUUUGGGAUUCAACAUCUGGAGAACAAUUGGCUCACAUUGACAGAAAACACUUCUUCAGCAGUCCAAGAAAGGAUCUUAUGCGUCCAGUUCCUGAUCCUGAUGAACUUAUGUCUGAUUAUGAAAGUGGCUCUCCACCUUCCAGAGGAGAAAUGGAAGCCGCCACGUCACUUGGAUUUUAUUCAGCCUCAUCUAAUGUUCAUGCAAGGAAAGUGUCACCCACUUCAUAUCCACACUGCAGGGGCGACACUAGCGGUAUGAAUAAGAGGCACUCUAUGGAAAAUUCUUUGGAUUACGAUUAUCAAAUAAAUGAAUUCCCAUCGGACAAGCAAAAGUUGGUUCGACGGAGUUUGGAUCAGAAUUUUGAAUUCCCUGAUUUAAAACCAGUCAUCAAUACAAAGUUCUCGACGAUGAAGUAUUCGCCCACUCAGGCAAAUUACGAGCAAGGUUUUGAAUUUGGUGAACGAUUCAAACAGCUGUUUAAUGAACAUAGAACCGAGGAAUUGGAUAAGUGUGAAAGCGCUGAGCAGCUUGUUUCCUGUCCUGGUAGAUUAAAUAAAAACGAUUUAAUGGACAGCAUGACGUCUUUAAGUACAGACAGAACGAUGCAAAUAGCACCAAAUAUAUCGCCUAUAUGGUGCAUCGAUUAUCAGGAAAAUCUAAUUGUUGUGGGCUGUGCCAAUGGAAGUUUAGAAUUUUGGGAGGGUACUACAGGUCGAUUUAAGUGUUUAUUCGAGGACGGUUCUGGACUGGGAAUCUCAGCAGUGAAAUUUGUGGGCAACAGAGUAAUAGCUGCUAAAUUGAACGGAUCCGUAGACUUUCUACAACUGGAAAGUUACAGCGAAGGUCAACAGAUUGAUUGGGGCUUCACGUCAUACAGACGAACACAUGUCAGGACAGGCAGUGCAGGAUCACCAAUGGAUGUAAACAACAUAAUGCAACCCGAGGAAGACUUGCGUUGUAUGAAAAUAGCAUCACACAGGGCUCAUCAGCAACCUAUAACUGUCCUGGAUAGCGAAGGUGGUCGUGUUCUGACAGGAAGUCAGGAUCACACACUUAAAGUGUACAGGUUAGAGGAUCAACUUCCCUUGUACACGUUACAUGGGCAUUGCGGCCCGAUAUCCUGUCUGUUCAUUGACAGGGUCAGCCCCAUGACCUCUGGAAGUGGAUCUCAAGAUGGACUGCUAUGCGUCUGGGACCUUCUUACUGGAAUGUGCAUGUAUAGUAUCCAGGCGCACGACGGCGCGGUGGCAGCCAUAACCUGUUCGGCCUCCUACGUAAUCAGUAUCGGUGCCGACGAGAGGUUAUGUGUCUGGGAACGAUUUCAAGGUCAUUUAUUACACGCCCUUCCAGCACACAGAGCAGCCUACAGUCCACAGUUGGUUAUGCUGACGCAUCAUCUACUCAUCACUAGCAAUCAGGGAUCUCUGGUGGUGUGGGAUGUCAGGACGGGUGAUCCCGUGCGAGAAGUAACGUUGGGACACAAAGACAGUUGCAUCUUCGUGAAGCAAAUGCUCGCCCUGCGGGACAGUGUCGUUUGCGAUUUUGGCCGACAGCUAAGAAUAGUCAGAUUUCCAUUGGUCUCCGACAAACUUGACUAAACUUUGCGGCGAGCCUGUACAUAGCGGAUUUUAUUUAUUAAAAUCGAAGUCUGCUCGAUUCGAUGCCGUUUAAGAUAAGGACAUAAAGCGACAUCGACUCGUACGUUUUUAUACUUGUUUUAUCCGAAUGUUAGGUGUACUUUGCUAGCUGUUUGUCAAAGAGCUGCUGUGGCUUCUUUGAACAAUUUUAUUCCGACCUACGUGCCCAUACGGAAAUACGACGAUGCCACGGUUAAUCAAUACAUUUAAUUAAUUAGACGUAGACGCGAUGACUCUUUUUAGAACACAGUCAUGAUUUUCAAGAAAGCAGAAUACAUUUGCGAGGUUUCAAGUACCACCUCUAAGUUAGAGUAGUUGUAUGGUGAACACCAUAAUGGUACACCAGGUAAUAUCGACAUCAUUGUCACUCGCAAAGAAAUGUCACGUAACAGGCGUUCCGUUUGUACGACGUGAAGUAGACUGUUAACUUGUGUAAAAAUUGUUAGAUCAAUCACAAAACAAUCGACACACCUACUCGAUUCCAGUGUGAAACAAACAUCGAAAAUCAUUGACUCUGUACCGCGGAGAUUAGACUAUUUUGUCAUUAUACGUAUAAGUAUAAGACUUAAGGGAUAAUGCAUCGACCGGAUCAUUUAAUUGUACAAAGUGAUGGAGCAACAGGUGCCUUCCGUGGUAUCCGUUUGAUAGAAACAUUUCUGAGACAGCACUAACGAAUUCGCUACCUCCUAGAAGAUAUCCAAUCGUUCUGUAAUAUUCAUUCAUCGUAUACGCUAGAUUAUAUUCUUUAUACUAUUUUUUUUUUGCAAUUGGCUGUGUCAUGUAUUAACUCGAGAGGCUUCAUAUUCGAUGUUACACAGACGCGUUUGAAUUUCGUCAGAAUAGAACAGUGGGGUUGAUUAAAUUAUUUGUCUCGAUAUCAUGCGAAGUUAAGAUGCAUAAAAGCAUUAGCCAAAACCGGUGCUGUUCUUUAAAGCAAAUAUAGAGCUAAUCAUUAUAGGAUCUUUGAACACAGAACCAACGAAGCGCAAGAGACUUUUAAUAGCAGUUUGAAAUCUUAAGAGAGAAAUUGCCUGUCCUGCUCUAUAUCUUGAAUUGCGUAUUAACGUAUAAAUUAGAAAAGAAUAUCGGACUCUGUUCUGGGUGAUCAAAGUUUUCACUGUACGUCGUUCUCUAGCUUUUAUUUUUCAAUUCACGUCCAUAUAAAACUAGAGUAAUGGAAAACCGUUGUAAGUCCAACAGUGCCUUGUUAAACGAUCGUAGAUCUUUAUUGUUCCUCCGGGCGAUCGAUCAUCCUUAUGCUGCGUUUAUACUGAGCAACGAUUAUCGACAGUUUUUCUAUCUUUUAGGAAAAUUAAAAAAAGGACAGUAUUCCCUGAGAGCAUUGUCACUCGCUAACGCACUGGCAAUAAAGAUAGAAGACAGUCGAUAAUUACUUUCUUUCCAAGUAUAAAUGUAGCGUUAGAAUUCAUCAUUCAAAUCUUUUUAAACGAUGCGCCUCAUUCAAAAUCAAGGGAGAUGAUCUCGAAUUAUCCACUCGUAUCACGUAGUGGUAUUAUAAAAUUUGAAUGGUGGCUCAAGAAAGUUGAUUCACGUGAUACGACUUAAAGGUAUGAGCCAUCCUCAGAUAAAAAAAUAAUUAUCCAGGGGAGAAACGAUUGUCGGAGUAACUAUCAUUUCAUUCACGAUAUCGAUAAGAAGAUGGUCUCUCAUAAUUAUGUUGCUGGCGACCCCCUGUCUCCCCUUUCCCUCUCCUAUCCCCCCUCUCUCCUUUUCCCUUAAUCUAAUUAACUCUACCGUAGCACGCUCUUUGCCUUGUAAAAGCGCUACUUACUUGUAAUUAUCUAUAUAGGAGUAUAUUGUAUAUGUAUAUUUUCAUAAAAGAAAUAUCAUUGAAAGCGGUUAAGCGCGAAUCCUAUUUUGAUAGAGUAAAAGGGCAUAGAAAGCGUAGAAUCCUUAGCUUUUACGUAUAUGUGUAAGUCGUUGAGCGGGAUGAGCGAAAAUUUCAAAAAAAGAAAAUGGGAAGGUAAAAGAAAAAAAAGCGCAUAUAAUGUCGAGCGCAUAAAUACAUAUUGUACGUAUAUUAUAUAGUUUAUAACAGACAAGAGGUUAUCGUACAAAAACGUUGCAUCUAUGUAAUUAUCAAGAAAAUUGGGCAUUUUGUUAUUCGUUGGUUAUCUAUUUUAGGAGAAAAUUUUUUUCGUUGGCUCCACGAUCCCUCGUCUUAUCGGGGCACAUGGAUGUGCACUAGCCUUAAGGAGUAAUAUUGGGAUGUAAAGAAGGACAAAGAAUUUAAAUAUUCAGAGAUGCCGGGUGGUAAGAAAAGUGAAAAGUAGAAGGAAAGAAAGGUUCAACUUUAGACUGAAUAACUUUAAAAAUUUUCUACUAACGAAUUUUAUUUUCUGACAUUCUUGUUAGAAGCGAAGAAAGUGAGUUGCGCCAGCGACAAUUUCAAGUCGGGCCACGGAGAUAGGGUUAUAUUUUUCUGAACCAAAGUUAUACACGCUAAUGGAUCGUACUCAGAGUAUCAGAGGUCAAAGGGCAGGAGUAUAUAUGCACCUAGUGACAGGGAAUAUUAAAAAUAAAGAAAAAUAAAUAAACAAACGCUUCUAAACAAGGCCAUUGACUGGCUACAAAUAACAUAUGUGUCGAAAGAGCUGCGUGAUUUUUAUAUUUAUUUAAUUUAAUUAGGAUAAGUAUGUUUUAUGCUAGAAUCCAUCGUUCUUAAUAAAUUAUCAUGUUUAAUA